AUGAUUAAGCUACGUCGGAGAGGAAGCUCACACAGCAUGACAUUGUCUGGUCAUCUAGUGUCGACCAGGACCUUAUCAGAGUUCCAGAAAGCGAUCAAAAAGAAGAAAGUUGACAUCAAACGAGUAGAUGACGACAACACGUCUCUUCUCCACUGGUUUUGCUUGUCAGGAAGGCAAGAUAUUGUUGAAUAUCUCCUUCAAGUGGGCGUACCAAUCACUACAAACAAAACCAAUCACCAGACUCCAUUACAUUGUGCAGUCUAUUGCAAUGACAAGGUGGAGGACACGUGGAGAGCGAAUAUUGUACGGUCGCUGAUCGCUGCUGGAGUAGAAGUGGAUCAACAAGAUGUGAAUGGUUGGACAGCUUUAAAGCUCGCCUGUCGUUCUGGAUUGUGUCAAUGUGUGUACAUUUUGCUCAGCAAUAGAGCAGAUGCUGAAAAAAUACGUGAUCGUGAUGGCAAUAUUGCUCUUCACGAUGCCGUUAGUCACGCAAGUAUAACACAACUUAUCAUUCCUUAUGUUGAUGACAUGAAUGUGAUGAAUUAUGAGCACAAUACGCCACUCUUAUUAGCAGUGAGUAGUGAGUCUAAGGAAAGAGAACAGACUGUACGUUAUCUUGUUCAUGCUGGAGCUGAUGUGAACAAGGAAGAUGCUUCUGGUCGAUUUCCGUUGUGGUUGGCUGCCGAUAAUAAAGAUAUCAGCAUCAUUCAAAUUCUUUUAGAUGGUCAAGCUGAUGUGAACAAAGUUGAGCCAAAAGAGAAAACUACAGCUCUCCAUCGUGCAGUAAUCAAUAAAACAUGGCCUGUUUGUGUGCUGUUGGUGAGUUAUGGGGCAGACAUUGAUCUUCCUGAUGCAAAAGGAAUGACAGCUCUUGACUAUGCUAAUGAAUUUUAUCCUGAAAGAGCAGAUCAAUUGAAAGUGGUAGCAGCUGUGUUUAAACAACUUGAUGGAGGGCACCUUGAUCAGCUGGAGCAGCUACUAGAAAAGCUUCCACAUGUCAACUGGCAACUCAAAGGCUAUAGUAUUCUACACAAGGCAAUCAUUCAUUAUCGAUUUGAUGCUGUUGUGUUGCUUCAACAGAAGGGAGCUAAUCUAAAUGUUCAAACAGCUAAUGGCAAUACUCCAUUGCAUUUAACUUGCCAAACGACAGACAGACAAAAAGACACAUUACGAAUAUUGAGAUUUUUGAUAAGCAGUCAUGUUCAGGUGGAUAUCAGGAAUUUGUCUGGAGAAACAGCACUCUUCCUGGCAGCAAAAGCCGGGUUUGUUGAUCACGUUUGCUGUCUUCUCUAUGCUGGAGCUGAUGCUCGUCAAGCGAACAGUCGAGGUCUCUUGCCAUUACACAUUGCAUGCUCAAAGUCAGAGACAGUAGAGGUAACUUGA